AUGGAGACGUUUGGUCUGAGGAGGACCCAGUCCCUGAAGAGUCUCUCUGUGGUCCAGGAGAGGUCAUGGGUCAUGGCAGCUCCCAGCCGCUGGGACAGGAAGUCUGUGUCUCAGCUGGUGCAACACUACCAAAGCCAUGGUGACCUGAGGACCUCUGAGAAAGCGGAGCACAAACUUCAGGUGUCAGAGAGGCGGGACAGCGAGGCCUCCUGGGGAUCAGGGAGACGCUCUAAUCUGAGCAGGAGUCGCUCCAUGGAGCUCCUCCCUCAGAAGGAGUCCUCUUCAGGCACCAGAGCUCUGUGUGCCCUGUUUGAGUCCAAAGUGACGCUGCAGGAGAGCUUCAGCUGCAGCCCUCGGCCCGGUCACACGGGGUCACACUGCCCCCUGCAGGACUGGAGGAGUCACAGCACCACAACCACAGACGCUUCCAUUCAGAGGUCGUCCCUGGUUCAAGGAGGGAGGACGGUGAAUGGACUCCUGGAGUCUCCAGCCAGAACAUUCAGAUCGUCUCCUGAUGACAAAUAUAGUCCAUCACUGACUAAGGGGGGCACGCCAACCAGAGCCAGGAUAUCUCCUUCGUCCUCGGUGAGAGACAGAUCAGCUCUCUAUCUGUCCAGAGCAGCAGCUACCGACUCCACAGGAGGCUCCACACAGCCAGAAUUCAUCAGUACUCCAGGAACAAGAACUAAAAACAAUAAGAUGGCUGAAGCAGUCAGGAAAGUCACAGUUUCCCAAUCAGCUCAUGAUGAAGACGACCUGCCCCUCCCCCCACCUCCUCCCGUACCACCUAGGCCCCUCGACUACGAAGGUCCUUCAGACUCAAGUAGCCUUCCUGUGCCUCCACCUAAAGAAACCUUUUCCACGUUCUACCAGCAGCGUCAGAAGAGUGAGCUAAAGAGGCUCUUCAAACACAUCCACCCAGACCUAAGGGCAAGUCUCGAUGACAUUGCAGACGAUGAUAUAAUGAAGGCGGUGCAGUCACAAAACACCCAGGCAGUGGAUGCAGCUUACCAAGGUGAAGUGCAGUCCAUGAGGUGGAUCUUUGAGAAUUGGACUAUGGACAACAUUGGGGAUCCUCAUGCAACCAAGAAGCUGCUGGAUGAUGAAGAGUUACAAGGUGGAAAUGUCCGAGGCACCUCCUCCAUGUUUGAGCACAUUGACAGCACCCAACAAAUGUCUGCUAAAAGACAGACUUCUGUCAGAGGAGAUGUGAGAACAGCAACAUGGCUGUUUGAGUCCCAGCCCUUAGAUUCUCUAAAUACAUUGAAAAGAGAAGAGGGUGAACUGGUUGAAGCAGUGCUAAAGGAACCCAUCCAGCCAGGAGAUGUGACAGGAGCUCGGCUGCUUUUUGAGUCAAAACCAUUGAGUGACUUGGGACGCUGCAACUCUAUAGAAGACCAUAGCUUCCUCAAACUGAGAUCUGAGUUCCAGGAGCAGAAAGGAGACGUCCAGAAGACUGUAAAACUCUUCCAGGCAGAGCCCUGCUGUGCCAUCAGAGACAACAGUGGCAAUAUGCACGAGAUUAAAUCCAUCUGCAGGGAGGAGAUCAAUGGCAGCAACAUCAGCACUGCCCGUUGGCUUUUUGAAACCCAGCCUUUGGACCUGAUUAAUAAGGGAACGGAUGGAGUGAAAAUAAUUCGGGGUAUAUCUCUUGAGGAAGGACACAGAGGAGGAGUUGACCAAAAGAGGUGGAUGUUUGAAACUCAGUCAUUUGACACAAUACAAGAGGUCGUGGGAGUGGACAAGUUUGAAGGCAUGGCGGCUGAAUGUGCAGGAGAGGCCGAUGUCCCGAACAAGAGGAAGCUCUUUGAGACACAGCCCUUGGCAGCACUAAAAGGAGACUCUGAAGAAAAGUCUUUGGAAAAGGAGGAAAUAAUUGCGGGAGAUGUCAAAACUUCUCUAUGGCUGUUUGAAACCCAAACCAUGGAGACCCUCAAUGAUAGCUAUGAAGUGGGCAGUUUGAAGAAAGUUACCCUUUCAGCUGACGAACAAGGAGAAGUUAAAGGCAAAAAACAAAUUUUUGAGAGCUGCAGUCUUCAAAAGGACACAUCAUUUAAGGAACAAGAGAUUGAAAAGGGUGAUGUCAAGGGAUUCAAACACCUUUUUGAAACUAUUCCUUUGAGCAAAAUUGCUCAUUCUGAUGGAGAGAUAGUUGAGAAAGAAAAAUCUAUUGCAGCAGGAAACGUAAAAGGUAACAAAGCAAUGUUUGAGACAACUCCUUUAUAUGCAAUAAAGGACAGCUCCGGAAACCUUCAUACAGUCACAACAGUCAGCCGAGAAGAAUUCAUCAAAGGGAAGGUACAAAAUUACAAAUGGAUGUUUGAAACCAAGCCAUUAGACAAGCUUGCAGAGGGAAAUGGAAAUGUCGAGGUAAUCAAAGGCAUCACCCGGCAGGAGGAUACAAUGGGCGAUGUCAAGAUGGCAAAGUGGCUUUUUGAAACCCAGACAAUCGAUGGAAUCCAUUCCAAGUUCAACCAGACAGAGCAGAACGCUUCUUUAGAAGAGGAGCAUCGCAAAGGUGAUGUCAAGAACUGCAAAUGGUUAUUUGAGACACAACCAAUGGACAUUUUGUAUGACAAAUCAGAAAAAGUAAAUGACAAAGAAGCCAUUGACAGUACCGAUGUCAAGUCCAUUACUUGGCUUUUUGAAUCACAGCCUCUAGACAGCAUCAAAGAUGGUGAAGAGUACAACUUGAAGCUAUGCGACACCAUACAGGACUCUGUCAAAUUGGAAGGUGGUGUUCAAACAGUCAAACAUGUGUUUGAAACAGAAACCUUAGAUAGAAUAAGAAAGGAUGCAAAUUCUGAACGCAAUGUGAGAUGUGUCAGUCAGGUCAACUUUCAGUCUGGAGAUGUCUCAAGAGUCAGAGAACUUUUUGAAUCUCAAUCCCUUGACGAAAUUGGAUUGGAAAUGGGCGCAACAUCUACUGAACAGAGCCAAGACGAACAUCUUGAAAAAGGUUCCGUACAUAGAGCCACCUGGAUGUUUGAAAACUGUCCCAUGAAUCAGAUCAAUAAGGACAAUGAGGAUGCAGACGUCCAGAGAGUUAGUGGUGUAGAAGGUGGUGACGUACAGAACAAAAAGUUCAUAUUUGAAACCUCCUCACUGGACAAAAUCCAUGACCAACCCCUUGAACAGAAGUCAGACUCUGUGGAACAACCUGCGAGCAAUGUUGACGUAAAGUCAAGUACCAUGAUGUUUGAGUCCCUGCCACUGUAUGCCAUCAGAGACAAAGAGGGACAGUUUCAUGAAGUUACAACUGUGAAAAAAGAGGAGGUCAUGAGUGCUGAUGUAAGAGGAGCAAGGUGGAUGUUUGAGACAAAACCCCUUGAUGCGAUCAAGGCAGAGAAGGAAGUUUAUGUGAUCCGAGCUGUUACCCAAGAGGAUGUCAAGAAAGGAGAUGUCAAAUCAGCUAGAUGGAAAUUUGAGACACAACCUUUGGACUCCCUUACCAGCCGAGAUGAGUCCUCUGUCAAGGUAAUUGAAGACUUGGAAGACCUAGGUAGCAAUGUUCAACUCAACAAACAGAUAUUUGAAUCCGAGCAAUCAUCCAAGAAGUUCACACGAAUGGUUAGUGUCACUGACGUCCAGCAGGGUGAUGUCAGGACCUCAACCUGGCUCUUUGAGAAUCAAUCCAUUGACAGUCUGAAAGGGGAACCUCAGGAGCAAAGUCCAGUAAAAACAGUCCACAGAGAAGACAGCCAGAAAGGAGAUGUUAAACGCUGCACUUGGCUGUUUGAAUCGCAGCCCCUGGACAAGAUCAAGGAGCAGGAGGAUGCCUCAGUGCAAGGCACUGAUGAGGAGAUACCAAAAUCUGAUGUAAAGUGCACUACCUGGCUCUUUGAGACUACUCCACUGGACAAAAUCUCUGCCAUCAGUGUCUCUGAAACCCUGUCCUAUCUGUACCAAAUGAAUUUUGUCCACUCAAGCGGCAUCAUAAUAGAAGCAAAUGAGAGUAGACAUGUUAACAUGGCAAAAUAUCUGCUGGAAAGCAAUAAUGGUAUGCAAAUCCAGAAAGAAGAGGUUGUUGGGGGUAACAUCAGGAACAUCAUGUCACAACUCUUACUCAAGCCAACCCUAAAGCCCCAAGUUAGUAUUCUUAGAGAAGUGGAGAAAGGCAAAGUGAACACCACAGUAGUAGAGCUUCCAGUCUACCAGUCAGCUACAACUAUCAACCUCGAGAGGGAUCAAAGGAUACAAAAUAUUGUCCAGAUGAUCGAUGAAUUGCUUGUCCAAGAUAAGGAUCUGAAAAAAGGAAUCAUAAUGCAAGAGACUGCAGGGGGGCAAGCAGAGAUGUCAGUUUAUUCACUCAUCUGCAAUUCUGAGAGUCACGUCAUAGAGAGGGGAGAUGUAAAGUCUACGAUUGGAAAUCUGUUAGCUACUGCUAAGUGUCAGAGGACUGCUAUGUCGUGUAGGGUGGAUGAAAAUGAAAAGGGAAAUGUGAAUCUGUACAAAAGUUGCAUUGAGAAAGGAGACCUGCACUAUUUGAAAAGUCUUCAUACUGAGGCAACAGGAGAUGAAGUUGAUUUCAGCGUUUUGACUGAGGAGCAAACUGAAAUAGUUCAGGGAGAUGUGAAGGAAGCAAAGAGAAGUCUCUGUCAGCAAAAAGAGCAAGUAGAGAGAACAAUUUCUGAUGUUUUGCCAGGGGACGUUAAGAACACCAAAAAGGUUUUUUCGUCAGAGUGCUCUCUUGCUGUUGAAACCUGCAUUCCAAAGGAAGAAAUAAUCCCUGGCGAUAUCUUAUCAGCAAAGCAACAACUUACAGUAAAGCAACCUGUCAUGGUGGAAAAAGAAGAAAUCGUGGCAGGGGACAUCAAGGCAACAAUGCAGUCAUUAGAACGUGCAAAGCAACAGAGUAUGUCUGUGGAGAGGGAAAUCAUCACACCAGGAACUAUCUAUGACAUGAGCUUCUCGGGUCCUGAGACAGAAGGAGGCCAAGCACAAAAGGAGGUCAUUAUAUCCGGAGAUGUGAAAGCAGCUAAAAAGUCCCUUGAAAUGGCUAAGCAGCAAAGCUUGCAAGUGGAUCGCGAAGUCAUUGUCCCUGGAAAAAUAUACAAUCUGAAUGUCACAGCACAAGAGGAAAGCACCUCCACUGUGAUGCAAUCUUCAUGUUCGUCUUCCUCCAGAUGCCAGCAAAUCAAGACUUAUCCAAAGGUCAGUGAUGCAGAGAAAGAUCAGGAAAGCCAUGUUUCCUUUGAGGCUUGUCAACAAAGUGCAGCUAUAGUCAAUGAGACAGAAGAAGUAAUCAGGGGAGAUGUGAGGGCAGCCAUUAAGUCUCUGCAGAGUGCAGCAACAGAGCAGAAGCUCCUAGAUAAAGAAGAUAUUGUCAGAGGUAAUGUCCAAUUGGCUCUGCAGUCGCUUGAGAAGUCUAGUGUUAAUGUAUCCAAAGGAGACUAUAAAGCUGCAAUGAUAUACAGGAAUUCAGGGAAGGCUUGUUCAGAGAGGAGCAAGACUGUUCACAAGCAGUGUGUUAUGGUGUCUAUGCCUCCAUCUGACACAACAUUGUCUCCUUCAAUUUCAGUAACCUGUGAAGGACAACCAUCCAUUACAACACAGAAUUCAACACCCUACCCUGUAGCAAAUGGAAACUCUAAAUCAUCCAGCUCUGUGACUGUAACUCCACCUCCACUCCCUCUAAAGACAAUCGAGAAACCGCAGGAGCAGAAACCAGCUUUACCACCAAAGCCACAAUGGAUAAAAUCAGUAGUUGUAGAAUACAAUAAUUCAGCUGCUUCCGAAGUUGCCAGCCCCAUUAAAGACAACAUAAAAAGCGGAGUUAUUCCUCCAAAACAAAGCAAACAGUUUCCUACAGUCUCUCCAGAUAAACUACAAGAUACCACAACACAUGGCAAAAUAAGUAAAGAAGACCUACAUGAAACAUCCCACCAAAAUGUUACUCUAGCAACAGAUUCAAAGGCUCAAGAAACUAAGAAGAAAAAGAAAAUGGUUACAGUGAGCAAAUCAGAAUGCCAUGAAAUGAUGUCAAACAGCACUGAAGUGGAAAUGGAGAGAAAUGUAAUCCAGAAAAUUAAUGCAGCUGAGGAGAUACAAAUGUGCAUGAAGAAUUAUGCAGAAGAUGGUAAACAUGAAAUGAACAUGAGUUUGCAGGCUGCUCUACGGAACUUUGAAAAAAAAGAAAAUGAGACUCAAGACAAAAGAGCUCCCUUGUUGUCCAAAAAGGUAAAAGUGAUAAAUGAUAAUGUUAGUGACUCCAAGCAAACCAACAAUACAACAACUGCCCAACAGCACAAACCACUCCCCAAGAAAGAACAAAACGCUGACAACGUACAGCAAAGAUCCCAUGACCUGAAUGAAAAGCAACCUAAACUUGAGGAUAAAGUUGUUUUAAGAGAAAAGAAAGUAAAGGAGACGGAUGAUGAAAGAAGACAAAGACUGUCUGUCCACAAGGAGGAGAUCAUGAAGGGAAAUGUUCAAGCUGCCAUGGAAAUCUUUGAAAAUUUGAAGAAACGAGAGGAACUCAAAGGAAUUCUUUCUCAAGUGCAGGAGAUAGAGGGAGAGACCAACAGUCUAGACGUUAGCUCCUUUAAGACAUUGUAUGAGACUGUCCCUGCUUGGAUGGUUACGCCAGGUGAAAAUGUAAAGCAAAGUAAAACAGAGGAAAGGAAAGUUGAAGUAGAGGCACAGGAUGAUGAUCUGGAAAGCAUCUCCUCAGUUGAGACUGCAUUUGAAGAUCUGGAAAAAGCAAGCAAGGAAAUAAUGAAUCUGAAGGAACAAACGUUAGCAAAGCUUCUUGACAUUGAAGAGUCAAUUAAAAAAGCUUUGUACUCCGUCUCCAAUCUGAAGUCUGAGGCUGACAUCGCAGGGUUGUCGGGACUGUUUGAUGAAUCUUUAAAAACAGAGCAAAACUUUCAACCCACCAACAACAUCAGGAAAAUAAGUAUUGGGUCAAGCAAGGCCAAAUCGGGUCAAAUCAAAGAAGCAACAGUUUCUGAGUCAAGUCCUUCGAAGCAAGGAGUGCACAGACAAGUCAACAAGCCGCUUAUCAGACAGUCCUCUUCCCAAUCUUCCCCGUCAUUCAUCUCCAUUCACUCAGCUGCCAGAAAACCUGCCGAACAACCAAAGUCACCAAUGUCAACAUUUAAACCAAACACGGAGGGUAAUUCUCAAAGUUGCCAUGAUGCAAACAGUGAUCUGGGACAGGAGUCUGCUGCUGCUGCUGAAGUCUCAAAGAAUGGUCACAGUCCUGCACAGCGCAAGGUCAGCGUUCUUGAAGUGAAAACUGUUCCAGAGCAACCCGCAGGAAUUGUUGGCACAAAGACAGUCAGUGAAACAUACGAAGAAACUGAUGGCUUUGGCAAUGUAUUUGUUUCUUCUGUGACUUCAACAUUUGUCACCAAACAGUCUGACAGUAAGUCAUCAGCACUGUUUGAAGUAGUCGGGAAUCCAGCCAGAUACGAAGUCAUGACAUCCCCAACAAUUCGGAGAUCGGGUCGUCCUUUUGAAGACAAAGUGUUGAGCAACGCCAACAAGGAAGGGACGGUGUUUGUAACAUUUAGCCAACCAAAGGAAAAGCACUAAAUAGGACAAGCAGCGCGUUUCCUGGUCUUUUCAUUUUUAGGAAAGCAGUUAUUUCAAUUGUGUAUUUAUUACGAUGUUUUAAUGAAAAGGUUUUGUUAGUCGUAAAAUUGAUCUUAUGAAAUCAUAAAAAUGUUGACUUUUAAUUAAAAAAGAAUUUGUCUUAUAGAUUUUAUACUGUAACCACAUGAUAAAGUGUUAAGUUCUUGUAUUAAAACAAAGCAUAUAGUUGAUACUGUAUGUUCUAUUGUGUAAAUUGUCAAAUAAAUAAUAGUUAAAAAAAUAUC